GUCAGCUUCCCAUAACUCUCCUCUUGCUGCAGCCUUCUUAUACAAACAACUCUCCACUUCCCAUACUUGUUCUUCAAUUUCUUGAAAGGCAUAUGGAGGAUGAGGAGAAGGUUUCACAAGUGGGAGAAAGCAGCAACUUUGAAAUGGAACAAGAAGAAAUCCCAUCAAGAGUCUUCCCCUGUUUGUUCUGUUCAAGAAAGUUUCAAAGCUCUCAGGCCUUAGGAGGCCAUCAAAAUGCUCACAAGAAAGAGAGGACGGCGGCGAGGAAGGCGAAGCGGAUUUCCGGCUACGCCCCGACCAAUUUCCCGUCACCGUCGCCACCGCCACCGCCACCACCGCCGCCGAUCUUUGCAGCUAGUCAUACAGGGCUGUGGCCACCUCCAAUGUACAUUGCUGCUGCUGCUGCUGCACAUGCUUCCCAUUAUCAUUGUUUCCCAAAUAAUCAGAUGCUGUGUGAUGGCUUGGGAGCUGCCAUUGGAGCUGCUCCCAAGUUUGAGAACAUGGUUUAUUAUGGUAGUAGAUAUCAACAAUUUGGGGAAGAUGAACAAAAUGUGUUGAAUUGGCAGAGAAGCAUGAAGAAAAAUGUUAGUAGGAUAGAUCAUGAUAAGGAAAAAGAGAAAAAACUUGAUCUUUCUCUCCAUCUAUAGAAGCUUAAUUACAAGGUCUCUUGUAGUUGUGGUAGAUUGAGGUUUUUUUCUUUUUUUUUUUCUUCUUUUUCUGU